AUAAUCAUGUGACUGUUAGCCAAAAACAAUGUUGAAGCUAGCAGUAUAUUUCUCUAUUGUGGCUCUCGCUGCAUCUUCGGCUAGGAAAUGUAAUUUACCACCAGAAUUUUGGUGUAGUUCAGAGGAAGUAGCUACACUGUGUCAGGUGACCGAGCAAUGCCACCACUACUAUCAGUCCACAGGCAAGGCAGAUAAAGUGAAACUUACACUGUACUUUGAAUCCAUGUGUCCAGAUUGCAAGAACUUUUUCCGUAACCAGUUGACUAAGACAUACAAUGCAAUAGGGGAAAUCAUGGAUCUUACACUUGUUCCUUAUGGGAAUGCAAGGGAAAAAAAGGAUGAAACUGGUCAGUGGAGUUUUACUUGUCAGCAUGGAGAGGAUGAAUGUGUGGGAAACCUGAUUGAGACCUGUGCAAUUCAUAUACUGAAGAAUAUCACCAGUUACUUUCCUUUCAUCAGCUGCAUUGAACAUGAUCAGUUUGGAACACCAAAAUUUUCAGCAAACAAAUGUGCCAAAAGUCAAGGUAUUGAUCUGAAGCCUAUCUUGGAUUGCUCCACCAGUCAACUCGGAAAUAGCCUUGAACAUGAAAUGGCUCUGAAGACAAAUGCACUCAACCCACCACAUAAAUAUGUCCCAUGGGUCACCUUGAAUGGAGUUCACACAGAAGAUAUUGAAAAGAAUGCAGAGGCAGAUCUAACUAAGCUUAUAUGUGAUACUUACAAGGGAUCUUCCAAACCUGCUGCCUGCAACAAAAUGUCUGACUUUCAUCAUUCCUGGAGGGAGUUUUAAAUAGUUCUCUAUUGAAAAUUCU